GGAACAUCUUGAUGUAUCAUGUGCAUUUUCACCGUCCCCGUAUAUUACUUGGGCACGGACAUGUUUGGACAUUGACCAAUGUUCUCGUCAACCGCAUGUUCAAACAUACGGUCAUCAGACAAUGUCCACAUGA